AUGGAUGACAUAGAGGAAAAUGAACAAGCAUUUCAUAAUGAAAUACUCUCGAAACAAUUCCAAGAAGUUCCUUUCGUCAAACCAACUCAUUUAACAUCUCUUGAAGAAGCAAUUUUUCGAUUAGCUUCAUCCCUAGUGCGAGUUUCCACGAAACAUAUGGUAAUCGGAUGGAUGUUUGCGUACUUCCGUUUAUUUCAGCAUAUGUUUAUUGUUUCAUUUCUCGCGUUUGCCAAUUGUAAAUAUCAAAAUCAACUUACACUAUAUCAAAAGAUACUUUCAUUCGUCUUUCAGCAACCACAACAAGAACCAUCAUUACUAGUUUGCAUUAUAUGCUUUGUUUUAGGAAUUUUUAUUAUUUUCUUCUAUUUGUUCGGACUCAUUUAUACGAUGAAACACAUUACUCUUCCAAAUUUAACAUUAUUUUUCAUCUAUGUUGUCUCAUGUGAGAUUCUCAGCAGUUCAAUUUAUAUUUUAUGCUCACAAGCUGCAAAUUUAUUUGCUCAGUUAAUUCUUGGAGAGUAUUUAUACUUCAUGCCCGAAUUUGCUGCCCUUUGCGUCAUGUUAAUCCUUUUAUUAUUCAUAAAUGCGGUUAAUCAUUCAACAGUUUACAACUCAAUGUUCUUUUUAUCAGGAUACUACGCAAAAUUAUCUUCCCCUAAUACGCUUUUCAAUAGUUUCUUGAUUAUGAUUUUCUUAGUGACAUUUGGUAUAAAAAUUACAGAUCCAAAGCUUCACUUCAGAUCAUUGGCUUGUUUAUACUUAGGAUUUGGCAUAUUCUUUAUAGUUAAAGGUUUUUGCUCUUAUUUCAUUCAUAAUUCAAUGAAUUCUUAUGUUUGCUCAUACGGAGUCACAUUAAUUAUAGCAGGAAUCAUGUCGAUAUUCCAUGGAGCAGGCUAUGUUAAGUAUCCUGAUGUUUUUGUUUACGCAAUUUUCUUUUCAUUUGUAAUUUUCGAUUUUGUAUUCAGAUUCGUCUUCAAGAUCAUAUCUGAUCGACAAGCAUUAAAACUAGCUAAAUGCGGAACUGAUUUUGAGAGUCUAAAGAUAAAAUCUGUUUGGCAUUUAACAAUGGUAUUCAGAUCAGGCUUUUCCAAUGGCGUAAAAUCAGCUAUCAAUGGACAAUUUUUAGAAUGGGCAAAACAGUAUUUCAAUAUAAAAGAUCUUGAAAUUUUGAUGAUCAGAUAUGCGACAUUAUUCAAGAACCCACCAUUAUAUAUGUCCCUUCUUGACUCAAAUUUCAGAGAACUCCCACGAAGACCUACAGAUAAGUUCAUAAUUUACGAAUACGAUCUUUUUUGUGAUUUGAGGACAGUUAAGAAGCUCAAACCCGAAUACCAAGAAGCUAUUCAGAAUGUAUCGAACAAGAUAUGUUCAUUCCCAUCUAUCAGGCAACUUUAUGCCAAGAGUUUGUCCACAUGUGUGAGGGAUAACUUUAUGUUGGUAUCAGGAACGAAUCAAAUGCGAAAUUUGAUUACAAGCUUUACAUUUGAAAUGAGAUAUCGCUUUCCAAACAACAUUUCUGUUCUCAAAUUAUGUAUUUUGUAUGAGAAUUACAUUUCUAAGGACAAGGACCAUGUUCAAAUGCUCAGACAUUACCUUACGAGACUAGAAGAUGAUCCUGAAGCUUAUUGUGACACUUCUUUUUCACUUCCUCUGAAUAAUUUCCAAAAUGUUCAAGUAGAAAUCAUGAAAAUGGAUGAAGCAGACAUCAAAUCAGAAUCAGAAGAUGACACAAAUACAGAAAACGAAGAAAAACUUGCAAAAAUGUUUAAUUCUGAAAAUAAAUUUGAACCAUACAACAGAAGAUACAUUUUCAUAUGGAUACUAUUGAUAACAUUGAGUUUGUUCAUCACCAUACUCUUCGCAGUCAAUUAUAUUUUAGCUCAGAGACAUUUUGAUCAAAAUAAUAAUUUUACAUAUGUUCAAAGCACGUUUUUGAAGUUUGCAUCAUUCUUUUUCACGAAGACAUUGACUGUUGUUCCUACUGCUGUUGGAGAAAUCAAUAGAUCUGAAGCUAAUUUUAUUUUUGACUCGAGAGAAGAGUUUCAGAGUCUAUUUUGGAAUUUCACGUACUUAGUAUUAACAGAGCCAUUCUAUUCUGAUACUUGUUUCAAUAAUUACGUCAGCAAAACGAAUUUUAAUAUUGAAACUCCUGUUUUUCGAAGUAAUUACAAGAUUAACAUGCCAUUCCACAUUUUUACUGAUAAAAUGUACACAACAAUCGAAGAGGCUUUCUCUGCAAACCAAUCUGGACCUUUACCAGAUGAUUAUAUAACUUAUUUCGUAGAUUCAUUUGCAAUUUUAGCACAACAAAUUGCAAAUGGAAAUGCUGUCAUGAGUGAUACUGCUAGUGAAGCUUAUUUGACUUGCCACGCUGAAUCUACUGAUUCUAAAAGAGUUAUAAUGUAUUAUAUCUCUUUCGGAGCUGCAGCUUUGUUAUUAUUAUACGUAAUUGGUUGUUUAUUUUAUGCCAAAUAUACAACUCGCAUUUUCAUUGAUCCUGCGCCUUAUCAUAAACUUGUUGUUGCUUAUUUAUCAAAGAAUCACACGGAAUUAGUCAAAUACUUAUUUGCAUUGUUUUUAUAUUUCAUUUCUUUCAUAAUUGUCCUUGUAAUUUCUUAUGUUUGGGAUUAUUAUUUUUAUAAAUACACGAAACGUGAUUUUAGUCAAUUAGUUCAGAGCACAAUUAGUGAUACAAGAAGUGUAUUCUAUGCUUACAACGCCGUUAACGCUUUUGAGCUUUACAAUUACUCAAAUUAUUCAAUUUACGCUAAUAAAUCGAUAUUAACUGAUUACGUAUCAAGAUCCCUCAGUUUCUUACUCGGGAAUGAUACGUCCCCUAGUAAUAGGCCUCUUUUGAUACAAGUUCCAAUAAGUAUUUUACCAUUAACGAUUGUUAACUAUUCUUCAGACACAGAACUAUUCCCAACGCAUGCCAAUACUGCAUUACUUAGGGAACUGCUAAUAAACUUCACUCUUCCGAGCUUAUUAAAGAUUGAUAAAUUUAAUACAGAUGAAAGAGUCAAAGCAUCGUUCGGUUAUGCAGUCAUUGAAGCUCUUGUGGCCCAACUCUUGUUUUCUAUUGUAAUAGUUCUUUAUUAUAUUUUCUUUAUUAAAAUUGUCAAUUUCUAUGAAUUGACAGCAGAGAUCAAGGACCUUGUGAAGACAUAUGUAGAGACAAGCUCAAACAAAAUCAACGCAGUAGAUUCCAUAAAUACUUGGAAACGAAAGACAUCUACUCAAUUUAUUUUGGAAACGCUUCUCAGUCCAACAUGUCUUACGAACGCAGAAGGUUGUAUUGUAACAGUUAAUCACGCGUGGUGCGCUUUCUUCAAAAAGUCUGAGAAAGCUUUCAUUGGCGAAAAUGUCGAAGAUUUCAUUAUGAAUUACUCAGAAAAGGCAGAUGUUAUACCUGUAGAAGAGUGGAGAAUGUUCAUUAUCAACGAACAAAUCGAAGAAAACGCACUUGCUCAAAAAUUACAGAAAUUAAAGGACAUGAUUAUCGCUUAUCGAUGUGAAAUUGGGCCAAAGAGAUUUGCCAAUUGGCGUAAUAUCGAUUAUUCCAUUGAGUUUUGCGCAAUUAUGUCGGCUGCAAUUUAUAUCUCGCCUUCCAACGACGAAGAUGUCCUAGUCGACACAUAUCAAAUCAUUAUGGACAUCCUUGAGAAGAAAAUCAGAGUCUUGGCCGAUUUCGAUAUCAUUAGAAGUUCAGCCCGACAAGUGACGAUUAUUUUUGGCGUAAAUAAGACUUUGCAGAAUUUUCAGAUCAUUUCUCAAGCAAUAUCACUUGCCAUUGACUUCUGCAUUGCUGUUGUUUCACAAGAGAUGCCUGAGGUGUCAAUGGUUCCUUCAGCAGUUGUAACAUGUGGCGACGCUUUCUUCGGAAUGAACGAAGAAGAACUUGGAACAAUUGGAAUUUCAGGAACAGCUGUUAGCGAUUUGUCAUCGAUACAGCAGUACUCGAGGCAGGGAACUAUCACUGCUUCACAUCGUGUGAUUCAAGAGCUUGAGAAGAAUAAGAUUCGACAUAAUUUCGUGAAGAUACUUGAUAAUGUAUAUCAACUUCUCAUCCAGGAAGAAGAUUAA